UGACAAAAUGGAACCCACCAACAGUGUAAGGAGACCUGAAAGUGGCACAUGGCAGAGUCUGGCGAUGAAGUCAGCAGCAAUGGGAGGCCGUACAGGGACCCAUGACACACUCUGGACCUGGCAGCAGCAAGAGGAGGCGGUACAGGGGCCCAUGGCAGAUUACGUGCCUGGCAGCAGCAAUGGGUAGAGGGCCCGUAAUUCUGGCACAGCACCCUUAUGACAAAAUGGAACCCGCAACCAGCAGGUGAGGAGACCUGAAAGUGGAACAAUGGCAGAGUGUGGCGAUGGAGACGAGCAGCAAUGGAGAGGGGCCCUACAAAGGGAACCCAAUGAGAGACUCUGGACCUGGCAGCACAUGA